AAAAAAAGACUGCAAUAACGGCUAAUCAAGAAGAAAAAAUAACUGUGAAAAUUGCUACUCAACAGAAACAAGAAAAUCUAGCGUCAUUGACGUCUAUAGAUAAAUCUGUAUAUAACGAUACUGCUGCUACAUUAACAUCAUCCUCAUCAUCAUCUUUAAAAUCUGUUAAUAAUAACAGUGGUGGUAGUGGUACUAGUUAUUCUCACAGCAGUAACAAUAAUAGCAAUAAAUCACAACAAUAUCAACAACGCUUCCAUAAUAAGCCGCAAUAUAAUAACAACAAUAAUAAUCAUAAUAAUUACGGAUUUCAACAGCAAAAACAUUCAACAACACAAUCACCGCCAUUAUUAUUAAAAAAUAAUUAUUAUAACAAUAAUAAUAGUAAUAAUAACGGUUUUAUAAUUGAAGGUAAUAAAAAUUUUAAAAAUAUUGAUAAUAUAAAAGAUAACAAUAACGGACAUUUAAACGGUGAUAAUAAAAAAUAUAAUAUCAAUAACAGUGGUAUUAACAACAAUACAAAUAAGAAUAACGUUGGUGUAAAUAACACCAGCACAAACAGUGAAAAUUUUUCUUACGGUUUUUCAAAAAAUUUCGCCAAAAUUCGUCAACACGAUUCAGACGUAAGCCCUCGACCACGGCGACCGUAUCAAAACGAUUCGUCGUCGCGUUACUAUAAUAAAAGUAGUGACGGCACUGGUCAAGGUAGAAUAAUCAGCGGUGAUACCGUUAAUUCACGUAACAUACCAACCUCCAUUGGUGAGGGAGGCGGUGGCGGCAGUAGACGCCAAUUUAUAAAUAGUAAUAUUGAUUACAAUAAUAGUUUAAAUCAAUCAAGUGGAUACAAUAAUCGCAGUGUAACACCACCGGACCCUAUUAAAGGGGGUGGUUUUAAUAAUUCAAAUAAUAUUGGUGGCGGUAAUAAUAUUGGUGGUCAACAAGGUGGUUCGUAUAUAAAUAAAAAUCAUGUAAGAUCAAACAUACCAUAUCAACAACAACAGCAACAACAACCACAACAGUAUAAUAAUUAUAAAAAUCCAUAUAAUAACGGAAGAGAGAAUAACUAUUAUAAUAAAUAUAACGAAAACGGUAGUGGCGGCGGUGGUGCUGGUGGUCGCCCUCAAUACAAUAGAGGAAGUGGAAAUAGCGGCAUCGGUGAAUUAAGAGAAUAUUCACCAUCUGCGUCACCAAAUUUAAAUGGAGGUCCACGUUUAGCUGGUUCUUUACAACGUAAUAUUGCUAGUGAAAAUAAUCGAGGGUUAUCAAACAACAUUAAUAAUCGAGGACCUUCAUAUGAUAAUAACGGACCAAGAAGACCUAUAAAUAACAACAACAAUAACAAUUAUAAUAGCUUGGAAAGAGGUGUAGAUCGUAACGACAGAGACAGGGACAGAGAUCGAGGUAUUGAUAAAUUUGAUAGAGAUCGCGGUUUCGACAGAGUUGGUGUAGACAGAGAUCGUAUUGAUAGAGACAGAAACGAACGCUAUCCAUCGGAAAGAGAAAAAAGAUUCGAACACAUUGAUAAAUUAGAACGAGGACCCUUACCACCUUCAGUUCUUAGGCCAGAUAGCAGACCUUUGUUAUCAGAAAAUAGUAACAAUACUGGAAGACAGCCUUACCAAGGUAGAGACUCUGGUAAUUAUUCACCUCAAUCUUCAUCAGCUUCACCGAUUGGUGGUUCACCAAAACGGGAUGAUAUAAAGGGAAAUGGAGGUACAUCUAAGUCAGAAGAAAAAUCGGUAGAUCGUUGGAUACCACCAUCAUUAAGGUCGCAACAUGUUCUUACACAACAAGAUAAAAAUGACGCUGUUUUCCGAAAGGUUCGAGGUAUUCUUAAUAAGCUUACACCAGAAAAGUUCCACGAGUUAUGUGAAGAAUUAUUAAAAGUCGAUUUACGUUCUACAGCUAUACUAAAUGGUGUUGUGUUAUUAAUAUUUGAAAAAGCAUUAGAUGAACCCAAGUACUCGUCUAUGUAUGCACAAGUGUGCAAACGUCUCAGAGACGAAGCUUCAAGUUACGAGGAUAAUCCUCAACAUGCUAGUACAUUUAUACGUAUAUUAUUAAACGUUUGCCGCGAUAAAUUUUAUAAUCCUGCAACAGCAUCAAGUUCAAAUAGCAAUAAUAAUAAUAAAAAUUCAAAUAAUAAUAAAUCUAGUGAAAAUAAUUCAAAUACAACUAAUAUUAAAUUUGAUAGUAAAAAUCUUAGCGAAAAGGAUAGAGAAUAUUACAAUAAAGAAAAUGAUGAUGAAAUUACAACUGAAGAAGAAGAGAGACGUCAUGUUGCUAAACAACGUAUACUCGGUAAUGUCAAAUUUAUUGGUGAACUUAGUAAAUUGCAAAUGUUAUCAACAUCAACGAUACACAGAAUCAUACAAGACUUAUUUGAAAGAAAAAAACGUCCCGAUGCGACUCUACAGGAUUGGUGCGAGGAUAUGGAAUGCUUGUGCCAGCUUAUUAGAACUUGCGGAAAGGACUUGGAUUCAAAACCGAGCCAAAAGUUGAUGGAUCAGUAUAUUGCGAAAAUGGACCAACGAUCAAAAUCAACUGAAUAUCCACCACGUAUACGUUUUAUGUUAAGGGAUAUUAUCGAAUUAAGGGAUAAUAAUUGGGUACCCCGUAAAGUUACUGCAACUGAGGGUCCUGUACCAAUUAGACAAAUACGUACUGAUGACGAUAGCGUAAUUCGGCCACCCUAUAUUAGUCGGAAUCGAGAUUUAAGGAAUAAUGAUCGUGAUAGUGAUCACUGGAUGAAUCGAUUACCAUUGAAUUUGCAAUCCUCAAAUUUCAAUGACAUGUUUAGCAGCUUAAGUGUCACCGGAGCAUCGCCAAUCAUGUCGCCUGGAGGAUAUAACAACAGAAACCAGAGGAACAAUCAAAAUAAUUAUAACAACUAUAAUAAUAACCGUUACAAUAAACAUAACAAUCAGCUUAAUAAUAUGCAUGGUAACAAUAGUGUUGGCAGUGGUUUAACUGGAACAAACCAAUUUAGUAGUAUGUUAAAUAAUAAAGAUUUAGCACCACGUUUCAAAAAAUCUUUAAUAACAACAGCCCAGGAAUCUAUCGAAAAUAUACAAAUGAGACCGCAAACAAAUAGUUUAAUAUUUAAAGCAAACAUGAACAUUAAACCACCAAUGUUACCAAUUUCAACACCACUCACUACAUCUGGUGGUAGUUCAUUGUCAAGCUCUAGCAACAAUACUGGCAUAACUGGCUUAGGAUUAAAUAAUAGCAGUUUAUUAACUUCACAACAACAAUCUUUUACUUCAAGUUUUAAAUCCGAUACUUCGAAUGGAAAUAAUACAAGUGCUGGAGGUGUUUUAUCUAUUACUGGAACAUCUUUGCCUCGUGUUUUAAGCAAUUCAAGUUCGAGUGGAUUAAAUGAAUCUUCAAUAACAUCAAGUUCUUCUUCUCAUGGAAAAUCAUCGGUUUCAGCAACUCCAACUCCUGUUUUAAGUAACAACACUAAGGAUGACGAUAUAAUGUUAGUAACAAAACAUGGUUCAAUUGAAAAACCAAAAGGAAAAAAAGAUAAAGGUCCUGGAAAAGACAAAAUUAUAAAAGGAGUUAUAACAUUCUUAAGCGAAAAUAUUAUUGGGGCUAAAAUCAGGGAAGAUGUAAUUAGUGACAUAAAGCAAAAUGAGUCAGCAGAAAACUCAGAAAAAGACGUUUCUUCAACGAACAGUAACGAAAAUAAUCAACAGGAAGAUCAAGACGGAGAGGAUAUUAAAAGUAUGAACGAUAUUCUUGCACUCUUUUAUGAAAUCAAAGUACCAGAUAAGCACAUGAAGGAUGUUACAUACGCAAUAUUGAAUGAAAUUCUUGAUAAAAAUGAACAAGAUCAUGUGAAUGUAAUUGCAUUCUUGCAAUUGUUGCGUAGAGAUAAUAAAUUACAAUCAAAUUCUUUAUUAGAUGCAUUUAAGCAAAUUGUAAAUAAAAUGAGUGAAAAGGAAUCAACUAUACCAAAAAUUACGACAAUUGUUGCAUCAUUAUUAGCGUUAUCUGUUCAAACAAAAUUGUGUAAAUUAUCAGAUAUAGCCGUAUAUACUGAAGGUGGACAACAUUAUCCAUUAAUGUUAUUAGUGUUACAAAAACUGCACAAAACAAUGGGACGUGAUUCAUUAGAAGAAUUAUUCCAACAAAGUAAAGUUGAUUUGAUGGCUAGUUUACCGGAAGCUGAUCGAAAUAAAGAUCGUUUAGCUGAAAUAUUAGAAGAUCGUAAAUUAACAUUUUUAUAUCCGCUAUUAAAAGUUCAACAAGAAAUGCUAAAACAAAUUCAAUUAGAAGAUAAUCCACAAAUAUUCUACAAAUGGAUAAAAACCAAUAUUGAUGCGAAAUAUCAUAAAGAUUCUGGUUUUAUAACAGCAUUAAUGACUGUCAUAUUAAAAUAUGUUACACAGGAAACAAUGUCAAUAGAAGGAUCCGACCUCAUGAAAAAUCCAGAUAAAUCAAUAAUUGAAAAAGAAGAAGAUCUUUUCCAAAAAUACUGCCACAUUCUAGAAGCUUUUUUAACUGGAGAUACUCAAUUGCAAUUAAUAGCAGUUUAUGCUUUGCAAGUAUUUUGUUACAACGCACGUUUUCCCAAAGGUAUGCUCUGUAGAUGGUUUAAAAAUUUAUACGAAUCAAAUGUUAUCGAAGAAGAAGCAUUCUUUAGAUGGAAGGAAGAAGUAACUGAUGAAUAUCCUGGUAAAGGUACUGCAUUAUUUCAAGUGAAUCAAUGGUUAACGUGGUUAGAACAAGCAGAAUCUGAAGAUGAAGACUAAAAUGUGGAAAAAUUACAAAACAAAAAAUGUCGAAUCUAAUAUUUCAUUAAAAAAAAAAAAACUGGAAAAUAUAAAACUCAUUUCCCAACUUCGUCGAAAAAAAAAAUUUCAAAAUUUUUGAAGCAAUUAUUUUUUGCUUAUGUCUCAAAAUGAUAAAUUUUUAAAUUAUAUAUAUUAUAUGUAUAUAAUUUCUCAAAAAAAAAAAAUAUAUAUAUACAAAAAAAUAAUUCAAUAAAGAUAUUAAAAUGAAACCUUCAAAUAAUUUAUUUAAAAUAAAAAAUUUAUAAAAAAAAAAAUAUUAAAAAAAAAUUCAUAAAAUAUUCUUAAAAAAAAAUUACAAAAAAAAUUUAGAUAAUCUUCAAAAAAAAAAGAUAUAUAUAUAUAUAUGAAUAUAAACAUAAAUAUAUAAAAUUAAAUGAAAUUUCCUUUUAUAUUAAAAAAAAAAAAACAAAACAAUAACAGAAAAAUGAAACAAGGAUCAAAAAUAAAAAAUAUUGUUUGAAAAUUAAAAAUUGUGUGUAACAAAAAUUUAUAAUAAUAUUAAUUUUACUGUCCCGUCUUUGAAAACUUUCCUAUUGUAUUUGAAUAAAAUCUCCAAAUCUAAAGUUAAAAACAUAUUAUUAUUUUAUUGAAAUUUAAAAAAAAUUAUUGAUUUUUCUUUUUAUUUAUAAAUUAAAAAAUUAAAACAGAAUUAUAAAAGUUUCAAACAUGCAUACUUACUUUGUA